CAUUUAGCUAAAGGAAGAAGAAAGAAAUUGUUAUGACAAAUGACAAGAGGAUUAUGUAAAUAUAAAACAUUCACUUGGCCUUAAAUAUAAGUCCUUUACUUGCCUAUUGUGCAGAGCGAUAAUGACUACACAAGUGAUUACAUAAACACACUUUACAGGGAUAAGUAAAUGUCAGCAUCCUUAAUGCCAGCGUUUUUUUCAGGAAAAAAAAACAUGCUGAUUUAGGUUGUUAUUAGACAGUGUCCUUUGCACUGGGAAACAGUGAACAAUGUGCUGUAAGCUACAUUACUAUUAACGCUACCUUACAUUUCUUAUCGGGACUUCAAAUAAAAUAAUUAUCUGAUGAUUAAUACCUCAACUAGCCUUUAUGACAAAACGUAAACGGCAGAUUAGAGCAGGCCACUGAAACAGCCUCUUUCCACCCUGCUGAGAUAUCCCGUUUUACCCAUUCAGCAGUAAUAAUUAAGGCAGACAUUGUUUAACAUGAUGAAAAUUACUGGAUGUAUAAAUAUCACACCAAGGUACAACCCAAACUGGGAGACUGGGUGUGCUAGUUUGGGGACAUCUGCCGCAUCGGAAUUCAGAAGCCAGCUGCACAAAAGUCAAAGAAGGACAUUCAAACAUCAAAACUACAUCAAUUAUGUAAGGGUUAAUGCAGUACAAGUCAUGCAUUAUAAGUUUUUAAACGACUGGCGGUGGAGGCAAAGACCUACCCAAUGCACAGCAGUAGCCUCUGUGGAUUGCAUUUAAAAAUGUGAAACUCGCAGUUUGGAGUGCAUUACCCAGCGUAAUCCAAGGUUACUAUGCAUUUGGGUGCAUUACCCAGCGUACUCCAAGGUUACUAUGCAUUUGGCCGCAUUACCCAGCGUACUCCAAGGUUACUAUGCAUUUGGGCGCAUUACCCAGCGUACUCCAAGGUUACUAUGCAUUUGGGUGCAUUACCCAGCGUACUCCAAGGUUACUAUGCAUUUGUGUGCAUUACCCAGUGUACUCCAUGGUUACUAUGCAUUUUGGCGCAUUACCCAGUGUACUCCAAGGUUACUAUGCAUUUGGGCGCAUUACCCAGCGUAAUCCAAGGUUACUAUGCAUUUGGGCGCAUUACCCAGUGUACUCCAUGGUUACUAUGCAUUUUGGCGCAUUACCCAGUAUACUCCAAGGUUACUAUGCAUUUGGGCGCAUUACCCAGCGUACUCCAAGGUUACUAUGCAUUUGGACGCAUUACCCAGCGUAAUCCAAGGUUACUAUGCAUUUGGGCGCAUUACCCAGUGUACUCCAUGGUUACUAUGCAUUUUGGCGCAUUACCCAGUGUACUCCAAGGUUACUAUGCAUUUGUGUGCAUUACCCAGUGUACUCCAUGGUUACUAUGCAUUUUGGCGCAUUACCCAGUGUACUCCAAGGUUACUAUGCAUUUGGGCGCAUUACCCAGCGUAAUCCAAGGUUACUAUGCAUUUGGGCGCAUUACCCAGCGUACUCCAAGGUUACUAUCCAUUUGGGCGCAUUACCCGGCGUGCUGCAUGGUUACUACGCAUUUGGGCGCAUUACCCAGCGUACUCCACGGUUACUAUGCAUUUGGGUGCAUUACCCAGUGUACUCCAUGGUUACUAUGCAUUUGGGCACAUUACCCAGUGUACUCCAUGGUUACUAUGCAUUUGGGCGCAUUACCCAGCGUACUCCAUGGUUACCAUGCAUUUGGGCGCAUUACCCAGCGUACUCCAAGGUUGCUACAGUAUGCAUACUAUGGAUACAAUCCAAUCACCAUUAUUAUUUCGAAAACUGUUGCUAAAACCGUUGAUAACAUUAGUUUGAAACUGCCUGUUGCUAAUCCAAAGGUGAGUAGUUAGCUUGAAAUUCUCUGUUUAAUUCUAAAACCUGUAACAAUAAAGUAAAGUUCAUAAAAGUUUGGGAUAAAUGUGUAUUAACUGUGGUAUAAGCGUUGGAUUUGCCUUCACAGCUGUGUGUUUAAAAAUGUAUACAGUAUGCACGGCUUUUCAUGCGUUACAGAUAAUGAUAGCACACUAAUUUAGUUCUGUAUGCCAGACUGGCAGUAUGCGUGUGGUUAUAGAAAAUCAAUCAACACCUUUCAGACCACUGGAGGUUUCUUUAAGGCAACAGGGGUAGUUAGUGCUUCACCAAAAAAGAAAAUAAAAAAAUAUAUAACAUUCAUCUAUGUACAUCACAUAAAACAUCUUCACGAUGUUAACAUUUCGUUGUAAUGACCUUUUCCGUGUGAAACCGUGUGUGGUGGUUCAAAAAAUGUGUAACAAAGUAUUGUGCGAAAACCCUGAGGGUGACAAAAGGAACUUCAGAGAAGCGUAACAUUUUAUGCCUCUCUACGUUAAUUUCAGAUUUUUUAAUUGUGCAAAACCAACAUGUCAUUGCAGUGACAGAAUUAAAUCUUUUGGAAAAUGUGAGGACUGAUAAUUUGAUCAAUGAAGAUGUACAUUUACAGUUAGCCAACAACACGGUGAGGGGAAAAACCUGAGAGAUUCUGAAAAGUCUGAUUGAUGCGAUUUAAUUCUCGGGUCGAAAGGAGCUGCCAUUUAGGGGACGCAGUGAGAGUGAAAACUCUGACAACAAAGGAAACUACAGGGAGACGACAGAUGUGCUUUUCCCACUACAACAACAUUCUGCCUUUUGUUAGUGUGUUUGUGUUGCAGAUGUAGAGUAACGCAAAGCUGCGUAAUCUACUCAUAUUUUAAUCAAGUCAUUCAUUUUACUGCUGUUUGUAUAAUGACUGAAUUUCAGAAAAGGGUGCAGCUGCUGAGGCCUGCUGAAGAUAUCAUGAGCAAACAUCACUUUGUAAGCUUCAGUUCACCAGUUUAACAGUUUAUGCAACUGAAGGCUCAGUAAGCAGAUUAAAUUGGGUCACAUUUUGAUUGAAAUCGGCAACACAAUGUAAAUGUUUAGGACUGCAGUGUCAUGAAUAAUUUACUUUUCACUGUAAUAAUAAAGCAAUCAUACUCUAAACUGAAGCUCUCAUUGUAAAAGUUUCCUCAGACAUCGUGGGCUAUUGCAGGGCUCUGCAGGUUAGGCCUCUGUCCGUGUUUCUGGAAGAUUUUUCGUUUGGAUCCUAUAACUUAUAGAUCAAUCAUGUCACUUUUGGGCCCUUGAACAAGGUCGCUAACCCAAAACCCUGCUCCGGGGGUGUCAGGAGACUGGCUGAGACGGUGCUCUGAUGCCAAGCUGUGUAUGUGUAUCUCACAGGACAGCAAGGUGGGAUGUGAUGUGUGAACCUAUGUGCUUCAUCCAAUGGUGAAUAAAGUAUCCGGCUAAUGGAAUCUGGAACAAAAAUGGUACCAAACCCAUGAAAGUAACAUUUACAAUAAGAUUCUUCUUUGAUGCUUCAAUAAAAACAAACAAAAACAAAACUCACUUAUAACAGUCUAUUCAUGAUUUACUAAAAUGUACAACCUAAUUAAUAACCUGAUCAUAAACUGCUCAUAAACCCUUAAUAAGGUUUCACUCAUUGUAAAGUGGUUCCAUAAUGUAAGACAUUCGACCGUCUUCCAAUUGCUUAUGCUGGUCAAGGUCACAGGCAAAUCCAUAUCAACAAAAUGCAAAUUUCUCCUUAAAUUUUCAAUAUACCUCAUAAUUUACAAUAUACAGCAUUCUUCAGACACUUAUUUUUUCUAUGCUAAUAUAUUGAUUUCUCAUACUGAUGGUAUACACUUUAUAAUUUGUGUAACAUUCAAUCAGUGAAGAUUUAUUUGCCACCGUGCACCUGUAGUUGCUUAGUCAAUUACUUUUUUCAGAUAAUCCUGCUACAAUAAUGAUAAGCAUAAUUUAAAUAGAAUGAAGAAAGUUAUUUAUAUGCAAUCGUAAAAUCAAUGUGUGUUUAUACCCAAUUUGCUGCCCUAAGCAGUCGGUAUCUUCAAACAUGUAGAAAAAACAAUAUAGAAAAUAACACAUACAGGGCACAUUCAAUCAGGGGAAUUAUCAAACAGCGGGGAGGUAUUUUGAUUACAUUGUAUUCUGAUAUAUAAAUUCUUCAAAAAAAGCAAUAGUUUCAUCUAAUGAGCGAAAAUUUACGAUUGUCACAUAAGUAUGAACAUGUGCCAAUGUCAGUAUCAGGCAUUUGCUUCUGAAGUGUGUUUCAGUCAGUUCUUUGUUUUUCAAAAAUUAAUCUUUUAUUUUGAAAAGGAAGCCACUUAUUUUUAUUUUGAAUAUUAUUAUUCCUGAGCACAAUUAAGAUUAAUUCUGUAAUCCAGGCCAAACAAUGUAUUAAAACCAGAUUUGAUUGGCAAAUGUAAGUAGAACACAUAUUAUUUAGAUACUCACAGCACUC